CGGGUUUAGUAAACUCGGAUAGUUUAACAAGAAUGUCAGAGAGUUGAGUGUUUAGGAGGCCGAUAAAUCAGCACAGCCAGUGAUUUUGAAAGUCCGGAUGUGUGAGGAGGGUCAGAUGGAGUACAUUGGUUGACGGUCCAGACGUGUGCCUACCGGGUGGGUCGUGAGCAGGCCCGUGUGAGGGCCCUGUGGCGCCAGGCAGCCUCCCUACGGAGCACCUUCACCCAGCUCAGGACCUUCGCUGACAGGAGUCUGUCUGACAUACGUGGGGAGUGUGUGACUGCGAGCCGUAGUCUACAUGUGGCCUGUAUGUCUCUGGAGGCCAGGGUAACACCGCACAUCGCCCCUAGUGGGCUGGAGGUGUCAGAGCUGGAAAGGCAGCUGAGGGACAAGCUGAAGGAAGCCAUGCAGCUGCAGGGACGCUGGGACGCUGAGAAAGUAGAGCUCAACUCCAGGAUCCUGGAGCUGGCAGACAUGGUGAAGCAUCUCAGAGCCCAGAACAGUGAGAAGGAUACAGGCCUUGCUGCCAUGCAGACCAGUCUGGACAGGAUGGAGACAAGCAGAGCGGAAGACAGGGCAGAGAUGGACGACUUUCUCUCAGAGAUAAACAUCCUUCAGAAGGUCCUAACCAGCAUCACACAGCUGGUUCAUGGUGGUGAGGAUGGUAAUGUCUCUGGUGGUCAACCUUCGUCCUCCUCCUCCUCACCUCUCCGGGGCCGCACUCCCCAAUGCAACAGCACCCUGAUGGCUGUCAAAGGUCUCCUCUCCCAACACCAGAUACAAACACAGGACCUGCGUAGCCGGCUGGAUGCAGCCCUGGAGCAGGUAGAUAUUCUACAUAGGAAUCUGCAGGAGCAGGAGGAGGAGAGGAGGGACCUGGAGGGGAGGAUGAAGGAGGUGCAGAAGGAGAACCAGCAGGUUGAGAGGAGUCUGGAGGAGAAACACAGAGACAACCAGAGAUUCCACACCUCCCUGGACCUCCUCAACAGUGAGAAGGUCAGCCUGGAGAAGCUGGUUGUGGGCCUCCAGCAGAAGACAGAGUCCCUGGGGGCAGAGCUGGAGGUGAUGAGGGGGUCGGCUGGGGAUCUCCAGAGACAGAGAGACCUGCUCCGCCAGCAGAGAGACGACCUGGAGAGACAGCUGGAACGCCAACGCAGCGAGGCCCAGAGAGGCCCCCAUGCCUGUGUCCCUGUGUUUGAGCCCCCAUGCCUGUGUCCCUCCCCCAUGCCUGUGUCCCUGUGUUUGAGCCCCCAUGCCUGUGUCCCUGUGUUUGAGCCCCCAUGCCUGUGUCCCUGUGUUGAGCCCCAUGCCUGUGUCCCUGUGUUGAGCCCCCAUGCCUGUGUCCCUGUGUUUGAGCCCCCAUGCCUGUGUCCCUGUGUUGAGCCCCCAUGCCUGUGUCCUCUGUUUGAGCCCAUGCCUGUGUCCCUGUGUUUGAGCCCCCAUGCCUGUGUCCCUGUGUUGAGCCCCCAUGCCUGUGUCCCUGUGUUUGAGCCCCCAUGA